AUGGCUACUUUUACUUCAGUUCCUCAGAAGACUUCAUCUGAGUUCAGACACUACAACCCCACGUUACUCAAGCGUACUUACUCUAAGCCUAAGGCUAAGAAGACUAUACAGAAUGUUUGUAGAAGUCAUGGAGAAGUAGCGACUCAAUCUUUAGGAUUGCUACUCCAAGGUAAUGCCUGCUCCCUAUCAUAUCUAGAAAGCAAAAACAACCUUCCUGCCGUCCCUCAACAGACACUACAGGUACAGACAACGAGCCAUGUGGAAGAAGUUGAGGGCAUGGACUCAGAAAAGUGCGAUUUGUUUGGACUAGACCAUACAAUAGGCACCCAUGAGCUUGCAAUGGGCGAUAGUCACUAUCAGCUUCGCCGUGAGUUGUGCGAUGAGGGAGUUAUAGACCAAGCAACAUUGGGUUCAGGCUUGAAUGAGUCGUUUCAUGGAGACAACUUACAUUCGAUUACCAAAAAUGACGCGACUGGCAAUCACUACAACAGCUCCCCCAAUUCUCAGGACAAAUGCCAGUAUCUUACCACUGCCAAUUGUAGGGACCACGCCAAACAGCGCAGUGAUCUCCAUACAGCUGUAGAGUACGCUUUCUCUACAGAAGAUUUUGAAGAUACUUAUCAUGAAGGACUAACAGUAGAGGAAGAAACUUCCUCCAGCAUCCCUAGUGUGGUGAAUGGAUCGUCAAGAAGCCAAAAACGAUCCCAUCAAUCUUCGGUUGGUGAUACAAUAAUAAGCCCAGAAGCAGUGCCGAACGUUGUGCCAGAUCUAGAGCUUGAUCAUCCCCAUCCAUCGAAGCGGCAAAGGAUGGCUGAGCAACAGGCACCGAGCCCCAUAAUCGAACUUACCUAUACGCCUGAACCAGCACUGCUGCAUCUUUGCGACCAAGCUUCUUGUAUUAGUACUAGUGACGGCUAUAUUGCUAGUCCUCAAAAUGCUGGCCAUGAAGAAGAUUGUACCCUCAGUCUAGCCCUCCCUCUGACUGAUUUCUGCGAUGAAGAACACCGCGACGGCACUCAUGUCCAGGGAACGGUCAAAGAGCGACUACAAGCACAAGAAUACAUAAAUUUUUCUCAAGGACUGGAAGUAGGAGGAAAUGUUAACCAAGAAUCCGGCAGGCGUGGGGCAAGUAGACAAGAUAGUGGUAGCAAGACUGGGGACAUCUAUGGAGAAAAUUCCAGCCACAGUGAGACAUGCGACAUCCCUCUAUCGAGAUCUCAACCGCGCAGGCACAGGGCUUGGACAUCUGAGAUAGGACGCAGGCCAUCCAACACUGCUCUUAGAAAUUUGGACUACAAUGCACUACCUACGAAGCCACCGCAACAAGUAGAGUUGAGCCAACCACAACAAGAUUCAAUAUCGGAACGACUCGAUAUCAAUACAGGGUCACAAGCUUGCUUUCCAGGAUCAAAUUCUCCAGGCGCGACGGCUGAAGAUGUAAUCAAUGUCGAUUAUAGAUCUGGAUUUAGCAUGUCUUGUCAGAUCACCGAUCUAACGCUGUGCACUAUUCCAAAUAACUCUUCAGUCGUGUCAGUAAUAUUACGCCAUUGCGACCCAAGUGGUUUACUCGAUCUAGUAGCCCUCGGUCACAAGGUCCUCGGCGAACAAGGCAAAGUUAUCCGCAUGACCCAGCUAUCACCGGAUUCAUGGGUGCUGCUAGGAUACCGGUGUAAUGGCAGUGCUGCAGAUCUCUGUGAUCGCGGAGGGUUGAAGGCGAAUUGGAUGAGCAGCGCCCAUGAUGAUGUUGCUAGUCAUGGAACGGACCGCUCAAACGACGGCUAUGACGAAGAGGAUGAGAAUAGAGAAGAGGAUACGAGAGGACACAGCCAACGGACGCACAAGCGAUGGUUAGAGUCAGAAGAAGCACUUUUACUCUCGUUAAAGGACAAACAGUGCAUGGAGUGGGAAGAGGUAUGUAAACGCUUCCCUAGCCGGACGCUGGGUGCGGUAAAACUGCGCUACCAUACAUUGAAGAAAUGCUCGUAG